UAAAAAUAUGCAAACCAGAAAGGAACACAAAGCGCGCGAACUUGACAUGAUUACCCCCUAAAAAUCAUGCUCUGCGGUCAUAUGUGACAUGAUUACCCGUGACUGUGAGUGCCCUUGAUAUGAUUAUUGUAUAAUCUAUAACUAGAUGACGUCCCAGGCGCUAAUUUCGAAAAAUUUACUGUGCGCUUUCGGCCAAUCAGAAAAGAAAUAGGGAGUUGGAUGUAUAAUAACAAUUUAAUGUAAAAAAGGUAAAUGGUGUGUUUAUUUGAAGAUCGUGAGAAUUCGUUAUUGAUUUAAAACGACUAAAAAAAAGAACUUAUUUAGCAGAGAUCAUCUUUCGAGAGUUUUUGUAGAAUUUAAUUUCUUUUUUAUUUUCUGUCAGGGAGGAAUCUAUGUCCUAAACAUAUUCGACAGCCAAAGUGGAGGCAUUUCUUUGAUUUGUGUGGUUGUUCUCGAAGCUGUUGCCGUCAGUUGGGGAUAUGGUGAGUAUUCUCAGUAGAGCAACAAUGAUUUAAAACAUUUUCACUAAUUUUAAUGACGAUUUUGAGGGGCUAAAUUUUUACACCUUUUAUUCUUUUUACAGGAGUUGAUAAAUUCUCUGAUAACAUCAAAGAUAUGAUUGGAAAGAAACCCAGCAAGUAUUUUGUCAUCUGCUGGAAAUACGUCACACCUCUUGUUGCAACGGUAAGAUUAUGCAUUUGUGAUACAUAUGUCUUGCUCCGUUCAUCCGUACACAGAUCGAGUCCUUAGUUCAUACCAUGAAAAUCUGAUGGAGAGCUUUCGAAUUUAGUGUCUGAAAGUGACUGAAAGUUAUCACUUGACCAAUCAGCAUACAGUUCAAAAUCACCAGUAACCAAUCAGAAUUCAAAGUGAAGAUGCAUGACAAUUUCAAGCUUCCGGUAAACGCGAAUGACCAAUCCCAAAGUUAUCACUCCUCCGCCAAAUCAACCCCUGUACUAGCCCACCCCCUCCCCUCUCCGAUAAACAUGUCAUGUUACUUAUCGUAUGUCGUAUUUCAUAAAACAGUUUAUAUUUCUGGGAAGCAUCACCCAGUGGAAGAAAAUCACGUACAAUGGAUACAUGUACCCCGACUGGGCACAAGCUGUAGCAUGGCUGCUGGCUUUAUCGUCUUUUCUGGCCAUUCCUAUCUUUGCUCUCUAUGCAAUUUUCCAUCCAAAGGGAUCAUUUAGAGAGGUAUGAAAGAUUUACUGUCGGAUUAACGGAAUUAGCAUGUGACUUUUGUACCCAGUCCAUUAGCAACUGGAAUGUGAGCCCAGUGAUAUGCAAGGAAGAGCAGCGGUAUGAGUUACUAACGAAUGGUGCUCAGGAAUUUGGGACUGUGCUCCUCACCUUCCACCCUUAAAACAAAUCUUAGCUACACCUUUGAGCGAGGUCUUGUAGUUAUGCGCUAGAUUUUAAAACUGUUUUCCACUUUUGUGUUUUUAUAGCGAUUGAGGAAAGCAGUGAGUCCUAAUGUUAAUGUUCUUAAUACUGUGGCCGAACGCCAUAACCUACCAAGUCGACCAAGGUAA